AUGAGGUUUUCGAACAACAAGUUUCCACGAUGCAACCUGGGGGGUUUCGCCGCUCCGGCCGCUGCCGGCCUGGCGGCGUACAUCCGGUCCAAGCCAAACGCCCGCGGAGGCACAAGCCCUCAGGCCAUGUUUGAUGAGAUGCGGCGGCUGGCAAUAUUCUGGCGCACCAUUCUUGCAGGCCGCCAGGAGGCCGAGGCGGAGGAUGAGGACGGUGGGAGCUGCCCGUUCCUGCCCAUCUCCUUCCGGCCUGGCUCUCCCGCGCCGGUGUGCACGGCCAACUGCGGCAAGCUCUGGUCCGGCAUCUACGGCAACCCGACGACCGUUCCGACGGUGCAGCCACCCGACUUCACCUCGCCGGUGCCGACUGCCACCGUCGACCCCAGCGCAUUGCCGACCCUCAACCCCGUUCCCACGGGCGCCCCGAUCCCCACAGACUGCGCAUCCGUGUCGAGCUGGACCACCUGUACUCUGGGCGGCCCGCCGGGGGCAUCGGCCUGUCAGACCUUCAGCACCUGUGUCUCCACCAGGCAGCCACCGGCCCCGGAGCCCACAAAGAUGACGACGACAAAGACCCAGCCCGCCAACCCAUGCGCGACACCGAUCCGGGACAGCCCCGAGUGCCUGGGCGGCGACUACUACAGGUGCGUCCAGGCGCCCAACGUGUCGUGCGGCCUGCAGUGCGCGGGCAGCAACAAGCUCCAGCAGGCGCAGUGCACGUCGCAGUGCAUCACCAAGGCCGGCUCCGACUGUGCCAGGUACUGCGCGGACAAGGUCGGCUGCGACACGUGUAUCGCGUCGUACAAUCAUUUCCUGGGCGGCGACGAGGCCGGCGCUCGCCUGAUCCGUAGCAGGAAAGGAACGCCAAACUACUUCUGCGGAUGUGAUCCAAUCUAG